UUUUCCAUAAUCGGACCAGAAAUAGUUGUGGAUGGGCCUGGCUCUUCAACUGAAGCGCUUCCUGCAUCGAGUCGUGAAGCUAGCUACCGGUCUGUAGGCUCUUUACCUCGAGUAGAUUUGGACGUCAGUGAAGAAAAUCCUAUUUGUGAUGCAAAGCCAGUGCUCUUUAGACGACGCUACUUCCGGGACGGGCAUAAAAGUGUAUCAGGGCGCGAUGUUCAUCUGACCUCCAUGUACGAUUCCGAGAAUUCUGAACUAGCAUUGGCAAGCCCAUUUAAACGAGCAUCAUUUUUCCGUCGAAGUAUUUGUGCCAUCCGCAAAUCAGUGAGCCGGCGCCAACGGAGACGGGAAAUACAAGAGCCGUUGGAGAAUAGUGGAUUCGAGAAUGAAGACAGAAUGGUAUCACCGGCUAGUGAGGAGCCUGUCUCGAUCCCUACGGAACCACUGGUAUCCACUGAAGGAGGU